AUGCCUACUUCAUCCAACUCCACUAUCCCUUCCAUAAACCAACUAAACGAUCUUUUGGAAUCCGCCAAGCCUUUCCUCCGUCAAGAAUUUGAAAAAGCUGAUGAAAAACUCCCUUCCUUGAUCUCCAUUUUACAGUCUGCAGGUGCUGGUGAGUGUUUCCAUCGCCUAGGAACCUUCCUUGACCACCUCCUUCAUGUUUACCGUAUCAUCAAACUCUGGAAAGCCCCUGAUUGCGUCGCCCUCUGCGCACUUUUUCACUCUGUUUACUCCAAUUCCUACAGCAACAUUGUCCUUUUUGACCCUCAAACAACCGAUGGUCGCCAAACUGUUCGCGACCAUAUUGGGGACAAUGCUGAGAGAUUGGCCCAUUUGUUCUGUAUCCUUCACCGCCAAUCUCUUAUUCACAAACAAAUAAUGUGUCAAUUUACUGAGGCAGAACUUAUUGGAGAAUACCUCCAAGAAUCCAAGAUUUCGUUGGCAAAUGCGAACGAAAAAGGGAUCUUCAGUAAUGAAGAAAAAUGGCGUAAAAAGAUUCAGUCCCUUGUUCCUGAGAAUGGAGUAAUGGGAAGGCAUUACAAAACAGGUGAAGAAAUCACGGUUUCUAGAAGAAUGAUUGGUGUGUUUCUUCUCAUGACAUUAGCCGAUAUCAGUGAACAAUAUUUUGGUUUUCAAGACGUUUUAUAUGAUAAUUCAAACGGCCGUCUUGAGCUAAUAGGAUCUCGUUACGACACUUUGUAUCCAGGGAAUGGGAAACCGGGUUUAUGGAUGAAUGCUGCAUCCAGGAUGGCUGCAGUUUACAUGCUACUAGUGCGAGAAGAAACCAUCCUCAUGUGUGAAAACAAAAGGGGUUGUGGGAAUCAUAGAGACGAAGAUAUCGAGCUAGUUGUGACAACUCUGAUCCCUCCGGUUUUUGAAAAGUGUAGCAAGAUCCUUGAUGCAAGUGAUCAGAUCAAGGCUAGGGAUUUGUAUUGGGAGGUGGUUUGUGAUGAUGGGUGUGACCAGGUCAAGAAAGACAAGGGUGAGGAAAUGUUGGCUAAGUGUAUUGAGUUGAACCCAUAUGUGGGUGAGCCACAUGUGUUGUUGGGUCAGUUUUAUUUGAGCAAAGGCAGGUUUGAAGAGGGUGAAAAGGAGGUUGAAAAGGGUUUGAGUCUUUUGUUGGAAUGGGGUUGUUCAUGGGACAAAAGGAUCUCAUGGGAAGGCUGGGUGGCUUGGUGCAGGGUGAUGUUGAACCAGGCUAAGGACAAGUCUUGGCCCCAAACUGCUUGGGGAGUCAUUAACUUAGGGCUUGUCAAUUAAGUAGCCUAUGUUAGAUUGUUGUGGUCAAUGUAUUGGUUGGGUUGGGUGUUGGUAAUAAUAAAAUGAUACUGAUAAUAAUAAUAGAGCCCACUCAAUUAAGUUUGUUCACAAGGGUUUGAGCCUUUUAUAUGUGUUCUUUGUUUUAGAGAUAUGUCAAUUUAUGUUUAUUUUCGUUGGAUUAA